AUGACUAAAAAUUUGAACAACAAGGGGAACAAUGAAGAGCAGACACAAGAGAUGACUGUGAAGGGGAACAACAAGAGGAGUACUGGAAUGGAAUCUAGCAUUGAUGUGGAGAAACAAAGCAGUAAACAAAAUUGCCAAAUGAUAGAAAACACUCAAAGAGCAGAACUUACUGCCAAGGAAUUGAUACUUGGAGGAAACAAAUGCAGGGGGCACGUAUACCUUUGUGACAAACAUACAAGACACAUGACGACUGAUAGUAGACCUGGGACCUUUACAGUUGAAAGGUGCUGGAACACAAGCAUUCAAGGCAAUCCCAUGUGGGUGUUGCAACAAAAGCUUAAAACACUAUCCAAAGAACUGAGCAAAGGGUCUAGGGAAAACAUUGGUAAUGUUUAUGACAAGGUCAGGCAAAUGGAAGAGAACACUAUACUUAAUGAGGAGGCUUACGAUAUGGAUGACUCAGAAGAGAAUAGACAAAAACUACAUAAAUCAGAGGCUGAAUACAUCAGGUGGCUUAAGAUGCAGGAAUCCAUACUCAGGCAAAAAGCAAGAGUCAAGUGGGCAGAGGAGGGUGACACCAACAACAAAUAUUUUCAUAGUAUUAUUAGAGAAAGAAUGAGAAAAACUCGAAUUCAUAGAAUCAAAAAUGAGAAUGGUGACUGGAUUGAAGGGAAUAAAGAAAUAGCACAACCUGCAAUUGAUCAUUUCAACGGUAUUUUUACUCAACCAAAUAGUACUAGUGAUAUGGACAUUCUCAAAUGGUGUGAUAGAUUGAUUACAGAUGAAGAUAAUGAACAUAUAAUGCAAAAACCUACUGAGGAAGAGAUCAAAGAGGUCAUCUUUUCUAUGGACCCAAACAACGCAGCAGGGCCAGAUGGAUUUAAUGGUCUUUUUUUCCAACCUACAUGGAGAAUAGUCAAGAAUGAUGUUAUAGAGUUUGUUUCAGCUUUCUUCAGGGGAGCCAACCUAACAAAAUACUACACUCACACAUGCUUGGUUCUUAUUCCUAAGGUUAAGUCCCCUGACAACUUUUCGCAAAUGAGACCCAUCAGUUUGUGCAGCUUCACCAACAAAAUUAUUUCUGAGAUCCUGACAACGAGAAUCAGUCCCCUUCUGCCAAGGAUUAUUUCUGAAAACCAGCCUGGUUUUGUGAAAGGCAGACUUAUAACAGAAAACAUUCUUACUCAGGAGAUUAUAGAUGGCAUCAACAAGAAGAAAAGUGAAAAAAAUAUAGUAAUGAAGCUGGAUAUGUCUAAGGCAUAUGAUAAGUUGUCCUGGACAUUUCUCACCUCUGUACUCAGAAAAGUAGGAUUUUCUGAACUGGUCAUUGAAUUAAUAUAUAGACUAAUUUCUAAUAAUUGGUACUUUUUUUUUGAUUAG